CCCGGGCAGUGCGGGGAAGGCGCCCAUUGGCCGGCUGGCGCCACGUGGCCGCCCCCGCCAGUAUAUUAAGCCACUAUUUAUCUCCGGCUCGCUCGCCAUGGCUCUGCGAGGGCAGCAGGGGUAGGGUGGAAGGGCGGCGCGGCGCAGACGGCCACGGUCCUGCCGGGUUCCGCACCUCGGCCCCGGCCUGCGACCCAGAGGGGAUAGGGGCGGAACCAUGAGCUCCUACCUGGAGUACGUGUCGCGCGGCGGUGGCGGCGACGUGCUCAGCUUCGUACCCAAGUUCUGCCGCGCCGACGCCCGACCCGUGACCCUGCAGCCCGCUUUCCCUCUGGGCAGCAGCGACGGCGCCUUCGUCAGCUGCCGGCCCCUGGCCACCUCCCUCCCCGCGCCUUCACCCCCUACCGACCCUGCGCAGCCACCCGCGCCGUCUCCGGCCGCGGCCCGGUACCCGCCGUGUACCCUGGAGCGUGCCUACGAGCCGGGCGCCGCACCUGCUGCUGCUGCUGCGGCGGCGGGGGGCGCGGACUACGGCUUCCUGGGAUCCGGGCCCGCGUACGACUUCCCAGCCGCGCUCGGGCGGCCCACCGACGACGGCGGGGCGCACGUCCACUACGCCACCUCGGCCGUGUUCUCGGGCGGCAACUCCUUCCUCCUUAGCGGGCAAGUGGAUUACGCGGCCUUCGGCGAACCCGGUCCCUUCCCAGCGUGUCUCAAAGAACCAGGGGACGGUCACCCCGGGGCUUUCCAGACCGCGUCCCCGGCCCCUGGCGCCUACCCCAAGUCUGUCUCCCCAGCCUCCGGCCUCCCCGCAGCCUUCAGCACUUUCGAGUGGAUGAAAGUGAAAAGAAACGCCCCAAAGAAAAGCAGACUCGCGGAGUAUGGAGCCGCAAGCCCCUCCAGCACCAUCCGCACGAAUUUCAGCACCAAGCAACUGACAGAACUGGAGAAAGAGUUUCAUUUCAAUAAGUACUUGACUCGAGCCCGUCGCAUUGAGAUAGCCAACUGCUUGCAGCUGAAUGAUACCCAAGUGAAAAUCUGGUUCCAGAACCGCAGGAUGAAACAGAAGAAAAGGGAGCGGGAGGGGCUCCUGGCCGCAGCCACCCCGGUGGCCCCUCUCCAGCUUCCUGUCUCUGGGAAGAACCCCGGGAGCCCUUCUGGGGCCCAGGAGCCUUCCUGAGGGCCAGUCUCCAGGUCCAGGAACACUGGCCGGCCGACGGAAGUCGCAGGCCACUCCCACUUCUCUCUGGACCUGAGCUGGAGGUGGCCACGGACAGGAACCAGAGGGGUUUCACUUGGGAAAAGGUGCAUCUUAGUAGGCUUCUGAGUUCCAGGCUGUGUGUUUAGAUAUAAAUUCGGUAUCUCUUAAGCCACUAGUGUGUGUAUUAUUUGUGUCUUAUCAGGGAAUCGAAUCGGGGCCCGGCUGCCUGCUGUGUUUCCUCCCUUAGUCACAGGCAGUUCCUGGGUGCCAAGUGGCAGGCCGUUGAUUGCUGGGUUCUGCCAAGCCCCUGACACAUUCACAGGAGCACCUGCCCGGAGUUUUUCCGCUUUUACUUUAAAGGGCAAGGCUGUGCCUAGUCAGCUUCCUGAGAAGACCAAAGCUAGGUAGGAUCUCCUUGAUGUAGCUCUGCUGCUUCAAUGACGAUCACAUUUGCACUUCAGUUUUCUUUUCUUUUCUUUUUUUUUUUUCUUUAAAAAGCAGUUUCUACCUCUCCGUGUGCCUGAGUGAAGAUACAAUCGCUGUUUAGUUAAUACGCUGACCAAGCCACAGGGUGGGUGAAGAUUAGAAUCUGAACUACACCUUGACAUCAGUUACGCAGACUUGAAUGUAAAUUUAUACAGUGUGUAUAUUUUUAAAAGGUUUGCUUGCAAUGAACUUCUAUAUGACAUUUAAUGUCAGCAUGUAAAGGGUCGGAAUCUUUUUUGUAAUAAAAACUACAGAAUCCAACUA